AUUGAUGAUUGGAUCAUACUUUUAAGGAAUUUCAAAGAACGGCAGAGGUAGAAGUUAAUGCGGUUCGAAUGCGUUCGUGCUGAAGUCUGCCAAUGCAUAUUAAUAAAAAAUAAUUAAUUUUAAUUAAAAAUGUGCAUUAUUUUGUGAUUUUGGGAUUAAAAUAUACAAUAUUACAAAACAAACAAAUUAAAAGUGCAGCUUCAUAGUACUGCGGAAUUGAUAGUGAAAUUAAUUAAAAGAAGCUUUUGGAAGAAACUGAACUCAACUCAGCAUGAUUUCUAGAAAUAUUCAAUAUUUUUUAACGUUUUAUCUACUCUUAGGAAUUUUACAUAAAGGAUUUUGUGGGAAAAUCCAAGAUGACCCAAAUAGCACAAACGAUUACUUGAGUGAUGACUACGUUUAUGAUGAUGAAGACGAUAUAAGUAAACCAAAUAGUAAUGAACAAGUUUCUAUAAAUCCUCUUUUACCAACAAUGGACCCACCAUACUUUGUACAUGAUGAAAUGAAUAGUCAUGCUAAUCCCGGUGAAGACGUACUUCUAAACUGUGAUGUGCGAAAUUUUCAAAUUAAUAAUGUUAUAUUAUGGUAUAAGGAAAAUAUCUCGAUUUCUAAUGGUCAAUUUGUAACACGUAAUCGAAUAGAGAGUUAUAAAAAUAAUACAAUACGCAUUAAGAAUGUGCAGAUCGAAGAUGCAGGCAAUUACUACUGUCAACUACUACCCCAAAAUAAAAGUCUUCACAUAACACUUUCGGUGGGAGGACGUUUAUCAAUUUUAUGUGAUGGUCGAGAUGUAACAGAACGUUCCGUAAUACUACGUGAAGGUGACACUCAUGUAUUUGAAUGCAAAAUUUAUACGUCACAAUCAACAAAUGUGAAAUGGUCCUUUAAUGGUCAACGUGCAGAAAAUGUUGUUACUGAAAUUAAUGGUACUAAAUUGACCAUUGACGGAAUAAGUGCAGAACAUGCUGGUAUAUAUCAGUGUCUUGGAGAUGAUGGAACAUCAGAACCACCUAAUGGCAUGGUUACAGUAGAUGUGCAGUAUAGUCCGAAACUAUCAACACAUCGUCGUUAUGUAAACACACAAAAGAAUUCUAAAGCCGAACUAUACUGUGAUUUCAAAGCUAAUCCAAUUUCAAUAUCAAAAUGGUUAAGAAAUGAAAAAGUAUUAGGAUAUUCUGAAAAAUAUAUGGUAAAAAAUGUUGUGCUAAAUGGACAUAAUAGAACUAUUUUGACUAUUGCUGAUACUACUUCAGAUGAUUUAGGUGAAUAUUUUUGUCAUGUUGAGAACUCGGUUGGUUUUGACAAACUGAAAAUACGUCUCAUAUUCGAACCUGAAUUACCGCAAUUUGAAGAUAUUAAAAUUGAUGGAAGGAAGGUUAGAAUGCAAUGGUUGGUUAGAAGUGUGCAACCACUUUCGGAAGCGGUUCUGAGUUAUCAAAUAGAAGGUUCUUACACAUGGAGCACAGUUUCUGUAAUUCAUACACAACGUCAUGGUGAAAACACUGAUAUGUGGAAGAUAACUCAUGAAAUGGAGUUAAUACCUGGAAAUUGGCAUGCUCGAAUGAAAGCUAAAAAUACGGUUGGAUGGUCUGAAUUUUCUGCUGCACAUAAUUUUAAAAUUAAACACGAUAAUGAAGAAAUAAAAGACGUUGAAUCGCUACCCCCUGACGAAAUUGUUAAAUCUGCAGGAAUUGGAUUAGGAAACAAGAAUAACAGUGGAGUAAGUGUUAAAAUAAAUAAAAACAUUAUUGCUGCGGUAUUGCUUGUAUUAAUUGUUAUAUGGGAAAAAUGUUAGUUAUUGAAAACAUUUUGAAAGUAGGUGCAUUACAGUGCUAAUCAAAAUGAACGCAACACAGGUACAUAAAUCUAUAUUAAUUUUCAAUUUCCUUUGGUUUAACUGUUUUUCCUUAUUUAUAUUUGCACUUCUUAAAUUUUUGUUUUAUCGUGCUGCCAGUAGAUACAGUUAUGUGUUCAUAAUU